AUGAAUACAAUCGACAAAAAAAAAGAAUCAGAACAAAAUGAAAAAAAAUCACCAAUUAAAGAUUGUUCAGUCAUCGAAAAAGUUAUUGUGGAAGAAAUUAUACCAAAAUCUGAUACUCAAAUAUCAAAUUUAAGACCUGAAAUUACUCGUGUUAAAUUUAAUAUUCAACCAGUUCAAAAUGAUACUUCUAUUACAUUUUCAGAUGGAUUAACAAUAACAAGGAAAAGAAUUAGUAAAUCUAGUACAAUUAAUGACUUUAAGAAACUAAAAGACAGAGAGAUCCUCAACCAAUCUCAACCAGUAGGUGUCCUUUCUGUUGAAACUUUUAUCAUCCCUAGACAUAAAGCUAUUAAUUCAUUGAAAAAAGAAAAUGAAGAAAAUGGAAAUGCAUACCAAAUUAAACCAUUAAUUAAUGAAUUUCCAAAAUUACAAUGGUUUUUCUUAUUAAAUUGUACUUCUCCUAAACAAGAACGAUUAACAAAAAAUCGUCUUUUAUCAAUAGGAGAAGAUUUAAAUUAUAUUAAUAAAAAAUAUGUAACAGUUGAUACUACUGAAAAUAAAAUGGGAUAUAUUCGUACUUUAUUAAAAUACUUCUUUGACAAAUUUGAUAGAACUGGUGCUGGAACAUUUUUAAGAAAAGAAGAUUUUAAUUUUUUUGAACAAAGUGCAUCUAUUAAUGAAGCUACAUCAUUACUUGAUACAAUUCAUUUAUUUACAUCAUUAGAAGUACCUAUCGAUUAUAAUAUUUUUGAACAAAUAUUAUUUAAUUAUUGGUCAUUUAUUCUUUAUGAUAAUACUGAUGAUUCUUUAAUAUCAUUAAUUAAAGUCAUUGCUGAUGGAAUUACAGAUGAAGAACAUGGAGAAAUAUUAGGAAUACUUACAACAGAUGGAAUUAGUGCAUUAAUAAGAAUGGAUAUAAAUCGAUUACCAAUACGAUCAAUUUUUAAUUGUUUUCAUAGAACAAGUGUUGAUUAUUUUACUAUUAAUGAAUUUAUUUAUUGUUCACUUCAUCUUAAAUAUUUCCAAACAUAUUUAAAUGAAGCAAGUAAAUUAUUUGAAGAUAAAGAAUAUGCUAAAAUGGUUGCAUUAUUUAAUUUAGUUUUUAAUGCUUUUAAUAUAGGAGGAAAAGGAAUUGACUUCUCUAUAACAAAAACAUUUGUAUCAAAAAUUGAUAAAAACAGUAAACCAUUUUAUAAAAAUUUAAGGACUCUUUUUAGUAAAUUAGAUGAUGAUAAAGAUGGAUUUCUUAGCUUUAAUGAAUUUAUUAAAAUAUUUGAAAAAGCAAUGGUCUUCAAUUUUAAAAAAGAUGUUCCACUCCCCUAUUUUGAAUUUAAAUAUUCUUCUAUUUAUUAUAAACAAUUACUUAUUAACCUUCUUAAAGAAAAAGAAAAAGCAGAAAGAGAUCGUGAAUUAAUGGGAGUUUAUAAAAGACACUCUAAUGUCUCUUCUCCUAGUUUACUUAAAUUUACUUUUAAUUCCAGUGAAAGUUUUAAACUAAAAGUAAAUAAUUCAUCUAACUUAUCGGACUCUGCUCCUUUAAAUUUGACUCUUAUUAGUUCAACUUCUUCUUCCUCUUUAUCAGAAGAAAAGUUAAAGAAACUAUCUAAAAAGAAGAAAAAAUUAUCUAAAAAGAAGAAAAAACAAUCUUGUAUUAUUUGUUAA